ACCUUCGGUGUUGUUACGAUUCGAUGUUGAUGUUGAUAUUUGGCGAUGUUUGCUUCUUUCGUUUACUUCAUGAUUAUAUGCUUGCAUGGCUUGCCUUGUCACUUUAUCACUCCGUUUGUUUUCUUGUUACAUCAUUUUUCUUGUUACAAACUAUUUGCGUAUCGUUGAUACCAACAUUUACAGGAGUUUUUGGAGAUGCGGUGCCUGGUUCAGUGCCCUUUGCAGUUGGGACGGCAAAAUUCGCUUGUUUUGCAGAAAGUUACUUGUAUCAUCUCUUGGGGAGCUUGUGUUUUGUUAUUGUGUGAAGAUCAGAAAGACGUGUUCAAAGGUUGGAUUUGGGAGGAAGGUUAGGGAGAUUCGUAGAUACAUAUCAAAUGAAUCAUCAACCAUCAUACAUUUCUCCAAGCAUAUAUGAAGUGGUAUCAUUCUCAUCUAGCCUAGCCAUACAUAUAUAUCAUACACAAACGCCA